CCUGCCUGCGCCCCUGCCUCCGCCUCUGCCCACCCAGCCCAGUCCCUUACAACUGCCCCAGGACGGCUCCCGGGCAGCCGCCUUGAGACAGACGGACACCAGGCUGCCCCUCUCUGCUCCAGGCACCUUCCUACCCUCAGUCAGCUGGCCCUGGUCUCCCCUUGGCCAGACAGGAGGAGGAGUCCAGCAGUCCGACACACCUUUCUCUUCUUUCUGCAGCUAGAAAGACUUGAGUUAGACAAGCAGAAGCACACGCCUCCCGACCUCAUGGCGACAGAGAAUGGAGCAGUCGAGCUGGGAGUCCAGAGCCCAUCAACAGAUGAAGGACCCCCGGCUGCAGAGAAGGACCCUGCGCCCCCAGAUCCAGAGACGGAUCCUGGUCCCCCAGACCCAGAGAAGGCUCCUGAUCUCCCAGAGCCAGAGAAAGAACAUGGUCCCCCAGACCCAGAGAAAGAACCUGAUCAACUCACCCUGAAGAAAGAUGCGGAAGGCUUGGCCCCAGAGAAAGGGGAUGGUGCCUCGGCUCAAGCCUCAUCCAGUGGCCAGGGCCCCGAGGGAGAAGGCAGCCUGGGUGGGGGGGCUGCGGAAGGCAGUGCUGGGCAGCCGGCAGCCCUGCCCCAGGAGACGGCAACAGCCGAGGCCAGUGUCAAGAAGCCCGAGGCAGAGCAAGGGACACCAGGCAGCCAGGACCCCGGAGAGUCCAAGGUGCAUAAGAAGGCAGCAGAGGGCCAAGCAGCGGCCAGGAGGGGCUCGCCUGCCUUCCUGCACAGCCCCAGCUGCCCUGCUGCCAUCUCCAGCCCUGAGAAGCUGUUGGCUGAGAAGCCCCCAGAUGAGGCAUCAGAGCUCAUCUUUGAAGGGGUGCCCGUGACCCCCGAGCCCACGGAUGCUGAACCAGCCAAGGAAGCAGAAGGAGGGAAGAACGUCCAGGACAGCAGCCAGAAGGAAGCAGAAGAAAAGGCCCCGGGCCAGGCUGGCCAGGCUAAGGUGCAAGGGGACACCUCGAGAGGGAUCGAGUUCCAGGUCGGUCCCUCGGAGAGAUCGGAGGCGGGGCAGGCCCUCAGUCUCACAGCCAGGGAGGAGGACUGCUUCCAGAUUUUGGAUGACUGCCCGCCACCCCCGGCCCCCUUCCCCCACCGCAUCGUGGAGCUGAGGAGCGGGAAUGUCAACAGCCAAUUCAGCCUGAACUCCAAGGAGGCGCUGGGCGGUGGCAAGUUUGGAGCUGUCUGCACCUGCACCGAGAAAGCCACAGGGCUCAAGUUGGCAGCCAAGGUCAUCAAGAAACAGACACCCAAAGACAAGGAAAUGGUGUUGCUUGAGAUCGAGGUCAUGAACCAGCUGAACCACCGCAACCUGAUCCAGCUCUACGCGGCCAUCGAGACCCCGCACGAGAUCGUCCUCUUCAUGGAGUACAUCGAGGGCGGCGAGCUGUUCGAGAGGAUUGUGGAUGAGGACUAUCACCUGACUGAGGUGGACACCAUGGUGUUUGUCAGGCAGAUCUGUGAUGGGAUCCUCUUCAUGCACAAGAUGAGGGUUCUGCACCUGGACCUCAAGCCAGAGAACAUCCUAUGCGUCAACACCACGGGCCAUUUGGUGAAGAUCAUUGACUUUGGCCUGGCACGGAGGUAUAACCCCAGAGAGAAGCUGAAGGUGAAUUUCGGGACCCCAGAGUUCCUGUCCCCUGAGGUGGUGAAUUACGAUCAAAUCUCCGAUAAGACAGACAUGUGGAGCCUGGGUGUCAUCACCUACAUGCUGCUGAGCGGCCUCUCCCCCUUCCUGGGAGAUGACGACACGGAGACCCUGAACAAUGUGCUGUCGGGCAACUGGUACUUCGACGAGGAGACCUUCGAGGCCGUGUCAGACGAGGCCAAAGACUUUGUCUCCAACCUCAUCGUCAAGGACCAGAGGGGCCGGAUGAGCGCUGCCCAGUGCCUCGCCCACCCCUGGCUCAACAACCUGGCAGAGAAAGCCAAGCGCUGUAACCGCCGCCUCAAGUCCCAGAUCUUGCUUAAGAAAUACCUCAUGAAGAGGCGCUGGAAGAAAAAUUUCAUUGCUGUCAGCGCUGCCAACCGCUUCAAGAAGAUCAGCAGCUCGGGGGCACUGAUGGCUCUGGGGGUCUGAGCCCUGGGAGCAGCUGAGGCCUGGAUGCAGCCACACAUUGGCCGGGGCUGAGGCCACACAGCCCAGAAGGCCGGAGCAGAUAGGCCAGAUCCCUGGGACAGGCUGGCCAGGACAAGGCUGCGCCAGGCUGGGAGGCUCGGGGCUCCCCAUGCCCCCGCGCAGUGACUGCUUCCCCGACGUGAGCCGCCUCAGAUGUGGCCUUGACUCCAUCCUGCUAAUGCCUCCCCAGACAGGGCUCCGGUACCACAGCCACAGCCCAGAUGCCACGGGCCCUGCUGUUCCUGCCUGGUUCCCCCUUCUGGAACUGCUGCUCUGGUGACCCCUGCUUGGCCUCACCUGGGGCAUCCCUGGCCUGGGCUUGCUCCUAGCUGGAGUGGGAGGGCUGGGGGUCCUGGCGUGUGGGGUUUCCGCCCUUGUGGAUGGGAGGCCCUUGGUGGGGCAGGAAGGCAGCGCAGCCGAGUCCCAAGGCCCAGCUGCCAGGGGAGACAGAGCAGGCUUUGUGAAAGAGGACCUCCGUGCCCCCACCCGCCUCCCCAAUCCCAACAGAUAAGGCCCGGCACACACCAUCUGGCUGGGCCCGGCCCCCCGCCCACCUUCCUUGCGACCACCAACACACAGGAACUCCGCCUGAGAGAGAGGACGCCCUGCCCAGGCCUGGCGGAGGGGGAGGGGGCGAGGCCUAGGGGACAGGGGAGACCACCCCCGAGCUUGCCUGAGGGCCAAGCCAGCCCAAACCAGGCACUCCGGGCCCCCUCCCCAGGGUCAGCCGCGGCCCAGGAGGAGGGGGAGGGCCGUCGGGCAGCCCCCAACCUGCUCUCAGCUUGUGCCUUGUAAAUAAAUGUACAGGUUGGAAGUGGC